AGUAGGACCAGGUAAAUGUGGAUGAUUUCCCACCCAAUCCACGCUCAGUGAAAAUCCGUCGUAUGACUGUUUCUGAAAGAUCGCCUAUUCCAUUUGUCACUGAUGCACACGGCAGGAUGGAAUUCACGAAAAAAAAAAGUCGAUAUUUUUUCCCUGCUUUUCGGUGGUGGUUUUUUGUUUUUGUUAUUGUUAUUAUUACUGUAUAGUGGCGCGUGUGUGUUUCGCAAAAUACUGUUCGCGUAUUCCACUUGAUGACGCAGUCAGAAUUGAAAUCCGCUUUCAAGACGAUCUCGCUACGGAGUUUGCAAACGGAAUGGCAGCCCCUCCUUGCCGUCGAUCUGGCAUCAUGCAUACCGUUUAGUGCGUACAAGUCAAAGCAGUCACCAUCACCUCACCGAAAACGACGAUCCCCUCGCAUUGACGACACUGACUCUUCCGAUGCGCAUUCCACCGACCAUUCCGACGAAGAUUCCGUCCGAGAACUUAAAGUCAAGACCCACGGUGGUCUUCAAAAGAUUCUCAGCCGCAAAGAAAGAAGAAACGGCAAAGUCACUUACACCGUGCUUUGGAGCAACGGCAAAAAGACCGAAGAAUCCCCCCUGGUAUUACGGGGAUUCGCUAAUCAGCUGGAGGAAUUCGAGCAUGAACGUCUUCGCGAAAAUCUUGGACGCAGCCGAACUUCCACCCCCGACAGUAUCCCCAGUGUUCAACCGGAAUCGCGAUCGACGCGCAAACGGGUGCGAUGGGCCGCUGCCGAGUAUGACGAAUCAUUCCCAAGCGAUCACGACGACGAGUCUCCCAAGCAAGAGACGGAAACCAUCACCCAUACCCGCGAAGCUUACAAGCGGCGGAUCCAAAAACCUACUCACUUUAUGAACACACUCCCUCGUGUCGAUAGUCCCAAACCGCGCACAUUGUUCAAAGCCAACGUGAAAGAAUACAAUGAUGCAACGUUUAUUGAUCUGCACUGGAACUGGUGCUUGAAAUGUAAACAAACAGGAUACGUCAACGGUCCCCCGAAAGGUAUCACCAAUCGCCGACGUCGCCAACGAUCCACGCCUCUCCCCGAGACCAGUUCGGACGAGGAACCCGAUCCAGACGAACAAGGACGAUUGCUCCUGUGCAACAUUUGUGCUGUCGCCACUCACGAAGGAUGUCUUCCCAAUACCAAAACUCUGCGCGACAAAUGCUUUUACCCAAAUCCAGUGGGGGACGGCACUUCGGAUCUCUUUCGAUGUCUCCGGUGUCAGAGGAGUACCGCAUGCAACCAGUGUGGUGUUCAUAAUACGACGUCUGUUACGAAAGAAGAAGAUAUCGUCACAGAAACUCAAAUCACCACCAACGAUACAUCUGACACCGUAUCACCGGCAACCAAAGCAUCCGGUGAAUCGAGUGUCAAGACCGAUUCGCUCUUCCGUUGCACGCAAUGCUUGCGCGCUUUUCACUCUCAAUGUCUUCCACGAUUUCCCGAUGAAGAAACACGCUUCAAACAAAGCCAAAACAUCCAGGACGCGACUUACGAAGCUUGCAAGAGCCUUUGGAAAUGUGCAGAAUGCAUCGUGUACUGUAAGCCCGUUGAUCGCAUCAUGACAUAUCGUACCGUGCAAUCAGACGAAGUGAACAAGUCAGACGACGACACCACCGCCACAAAGACAGAGACAUCUCAGUCCGUGGUCAAACCAUCGCCAACCCGCGAAUUCUUGGUAAAGUGGGAGGAUACGUCGUAUCGACAUUUGACGUGGGUGUCUGAAAACUGGGUUGCGGUCACAGCCACUUCCAAAUACAAGCACUUGCUGCAACGCAUGGGUAAAGAAAAGCCAAAGACGGAAGACGAAGUGGUGCCGCGACAAUGGAUGAUGGUGGAUCGUAUUCUGGCCAUAGAAUAUGAGGAUGCCUACAGCAAAAAGAUUGAACAAGUGUUGGCGACAUUUUGCGGAUUGACUUACGAUGAUGCUUGCUGGGAUUCCCCGCCUCCCAAGUCAUCAGAUCUCUAUCCUGCAUUUGAAGAUGCGCUGCGCCUGUACCGUCUAGCGGAGAAAGUGACGGCCCCUUCACACAUGAAAAAGCAUGUAGCGGAAGUGAAAACCGUCGCCACCAAGGAAGCUUACGCCAAACACGAAUUAAAAAAGCAGCCUGAUUUCAUUACCGGCGGUACACUGAUGCCCCAUCAAUUGGACGGCCUAAACUGGCUUGCAUAUCAAUGGGAGCAUGAUCAUCCAUGUAUUCUGGCAGAUGAUAUGGGUCUAGGAAAAACCAUUCAAAUUGUAUCAUUCCUGUCUUAUCUGUACAAACGCUAUGACAUUUUCCCGUUUUGUAUUGUGGUACCCAACAGUACGGCCACCAACUGGUUAAGAGAGUUCAAUAAAUGGGCACCUGACAUGGUGGUGGUUCCCUAUCACGGAUCGAGCCGCAGUCGAAAGCUUGCGCGCGAUUACGAGAUUUUUCCUUCCAGCACAAAGGACAAGUCUUUGCGGUGUCACGCCAUCAUCUUCACCUAUGAAUCGGCCUUAUCCGACUUGGGAUAUUUUCAGCGCGUCAACUUUUGGCCCGUCAUGGUUGUCGAUGAAGCACAUCGAUUAAAGAACAACGCCAGUCAACUGUUUCAAAAACUACUCACGCUUCGAUGCGGUCACUACGUGUUGCUCACAGGCACACCGCUUCAAAACAAUAUAAGAGAAUUGAUGAAUAUCAUGCACUUUGUUCAUCCGAGCCAAUUCGCCGACGUGGAUCAACUGGAGAAAAAAUAUGCGGAAUUAUCCCACGACGUGGUUCAGGAAUUGCAUGAACGAUUGAAGCCCUACUUCUUGCGUCGCACGAAGCAACUGGUGCUCAAGACGUUGCCGCCCAUCUCGGAAAUCAUUGUCCCCAUCUCCAUGACGGAUUUGCAAAAAGAAGUCUACAAGCAGAUCUUGUCUAGGAACAUUGUUUCCUUUGCCGCCUUGGCCGGUAACACGUCGCAAGUCAAAGCAUCCAAAGCGUACCACAACGUUUUAAUGCAGCUGCGGAAAACCCUCAACCAUCCCUAUCUCAUGGACGACGUGGAAAUUGCACAGCCGGAUCUAGGCAGCACUCACCGCUUGCUCAUUGAAGCAUGCGAAAAACUGAAAAUCUUCCAUCAAAUGUUACCCAAACUCAAGGCGCAAAACCAUCGUAUCCUCAUUUUCUCGACAAUGAAGCUGACCUUGGAUGUUUUGGAGGAUUAUCUUGCAUAUGAAAACGAAAAAUAUGUGCGCCUGGACGGUGGAAUGUCGCAAAUCCAGCGUGUCAAGAAUAUUGAUGCUUUCAAUGCCAGGGACUCGGAUAUUUCCGUGUUUUUGCUGACAACGCGUGCCGGUGGUGUGGGAAUCAAUUUGGCCUCGGCAGACACGGUGCUGAUGUGGGACGCAGAUUUCAACCCACACGCUGAUAUGCAAGCCAUCAGUCGCGCGUAUCGUAUCGGUCAAACGAAACCGGUGCUGGUGUUAAAGUUUAUGACGCGGUUAUCGGUAGAAGAAAAGAUUAUGCAGCUUGGUAAAAAGAAGAUGAUUCUCGAUCAUUUGGUGGUGGAAAAAAUGGACGACAAGGAACUCGAAUCGGAAGACGUGGAAAGUAUUUUGAAAUUUGGGGCGCAGUCAUUAUUUGAAGGCGAUAAUUCCAAAGACAUUGUGUACGACUCGGCCGCCAUUGAUAAACUGUUGGAUCGAAGUCAUAUGUCGAAUCAAGUCAGUGAAUCCAAGGAUUCACCCAUGGAAGGCGUGGAAGAAACCAAUGAAAACUCAUUCUCCUUUUCGUUUGCCAAGGUGUGGACUGCCGAUGGUCAAUCGGUGAGCGACGAUCUGACCACCGAUGCGGACCCACAAGAAGAGCAAGACAGCAACUUUUGGCGCAAGUUUUUGGAAGAAAAGCAACAACAGCUAAAGCUGAAACAGCAAGAAAAGGAAGCGUUGGGUCGUGGAGCUCGUAAGCGAGUGCUUGUGUCGUAUUACAAGAAUGGAAAAGAAGCGAUGGAAGAAGAAAUGAAUGUGAAGAGAAGAAAGCAUAAAGGGAAAGGCAAGGGUAAAGCGGUGCUUGAUCAGGACGACGAAGAUUUCGUGCUGGAGAAAGACGACUAUAUCAGUGAAGACGAACUCGCGGCACCCGUUGCAUCGCCCACUAUUAUUGAAUAUCGACCUGCUGUUUCGAAGCCGUCUUCAAGUCCAUCGUCGAAAGUCCCUGAUCAACGAACGCCCGAGAUACAACAAUUGAUCCAAGCAAGACUUCAGCAGCAACGGCAACAAUUGCAACAUUCGGCGGAAAAGGCCGAUAAGGCCAAUGAGCCUCUAUCGGCCACUCUUACUCUGUUUUCCGUUCAACAAGCCUUGCAAACUGUGAUUAGCGAUCCCAAUUUGAUGAAGAAACGCCAUCGUACUUCUCAACCUCAUCCGCAGUCCAUGCCACCCCACCCUGCCACAACCCAUAAGCCUGCGAAUGUCGCUUACCACGCUGCACCUCAACAAUUCUUUUAUCAGGGACCACCCUACCCGCCUGUCUUUUAUCAAUACGUAUCCCCUGGUGCAACAGCUAUGCGACCACCGAUUGCCUAUCAGCCAGUCAAAGGUCAGUCAGUACCACAUCCAGGUCCAACGCCGCCUGCCGUUGCUCCAACUUCGGAUCCGUCGGAUCAGCCAUUAUUUGAUCCCAAUUACCUUAGUUUUCUUCAACUGGUCAAUGCCAGAAGACAAGCGAAUGCCCAAUCUGCUGCCCACGCGAGCACCAGUCCUUCUGCCACUGCGGCAUCGGCAUCGGCCUCGUCAACACCAACACCAACACCAACGCCGUCGCCGUCUGCUCCCAGUAACUUGCGAAAGGAAACUGCUCCAUCUGUGAACUAUCAGUAUCAGAAUGCCACCAAGAUGUCUGCCUCUCAGCAACCGACGGCAGUAGCACGGGAUGCAUCGAGUUCCACUUCCAAUUCGUCUGUAUCAACUGCAUCACGUCAUUUUGGCGUUCGACCAAUUUCUCAGCCACAAAAUGUCACUCAAACAUCGAAUUCGUCACAUGUACUGAGUUCAUCAAAUGCAUCAAAUCUCCGAGGGAAGGCUACAGGAAACACAGUGUCUAGCACGCCAACUAUUGCCAAUCUUUCCCCAGACCAUAUCCAGCAACUUAUAAGGAUACUUGCUCAGCAGCAACUGCUCAACAUCGACCCGUCUGUGACAACCACACCGGCUUCGGCCCAGCUAGCUACUGUCCAGCCAGCAGUCCAGCAACCACCUCCACCGCGGCAUCCGUCGUCGCAACAACCCGCAAUGCAAAAGCAGCCGGCCAUGAGCCAACUUCCGGUGCAUCAGCCUGCAAGGCAAAAACAGCCUGUAGUGAACCAUCCUCCUUCUCAGCUGUCACCGUUGGGUUCGUUAUCCAAUCCAAUUUUCUUGACGAAUACAGUGCAGCAGCAGCAGCAACCAGUAGCUACAGGCACAGCUACGGCGGUACAGUAUAAGCAUGUUCGAAAUGUGAAUCCAGCCGGGGACGCGCAUCAUGCACCCACGACGUUUGGACAAGUCAGACACACCACGGUCGCUACCAAUCAGAAACCUCCAGCCGGGUCUGCUCAAGCCGGUGACGAGCCUGUGAUUGCUUGUAUUUUAUGUAAGUAUGCAACCCACCGAAGGGAUGCUUGUCCAAACAUGUAUAAUAUCGACAACAUCAAGAAUGCUAUACAAGAAGUCAAUUCCAAUCCACGCUACAAGCCUUCCGAACGCCAGAAUCUCGUACAACAAAUGGUGCGAUUUUACGAAGAAGCUUGGAAAUAUCAUCGAGGCAAUCCAAAGUAAAAUCUUCCAUUAUUUUUUUUUACCGUCAUACCCUUUACUAAAAAAAAGAACAAGAAAAAAAAACGAAACCUCUCCAUCUUUAUUCAGAUUAUCAUUUGUAUCUUGCAACCAUGUUCACAUUUGCAUUCUUCUGAUGUUUGGUUUACAAACCCACGUAUGCAUCAAUAAACCAUUUUAGGCCAAUAAACAUUGUGCCAC